CUAACCCUAACCUUAACCCUAACAUCCCUCUGCUUCUUCCUUCAUACCUUAUCAAUGUCAGGGAAAAAGGCUGUUAGCAUUCAGAUGAAUGAAAUCGAGGACGGUUGCCUCGAAAUCAAUAUUACCGUUACUGGAAAAGAAGUUGCGCUGGAGAAAGAUGGACGCCCCCGGAAAAAAAUCGAAUAUAACAACAAUCUAAAAAUAAUCAUCAAAGACCCCGAGGCAGGCCCCCAGGCAGCAGGCACCAGCACAGGCCCCAGCGCAGGCCACGAGCCAGGCCCCAGCGCAGGCCACGAGCCAGGCCCCAGCGCAGGCCACGAGCCAGGCCGCAAGCCAGGCCGCAAGGGCACCGGUAAAAAUUAAAUGCAAGAAGCGUCUCCAAAUGAUACUAGGGAUAUGGAAAUAUUAUCGAAGAUGUGAUGGAAAACACAUACACAAAGAAAUAAAAACCCACUGGAUUGUAAGAAAGUAAUACACAAAAUUAUCUAGUGGAUGACACCUUUAGAUUUAUUAUCUAAAAUCUAUGUUAUAAUUUAUGUUUGUAUCGCAACAUCUUAUAUGCUCUAGUGGAUCUUGUCUCGACUCUUAAAAGAA